UGUCGUGUGGCAGAGAGGCAUCCUAAGCAACACGGACGUUGUUUUUCUAGAUAUGUCAGCCUACAAACGACAUCUCUCUCCUUUAAAAACUUCUCAAAAAUGUCCUUUCCCAACAGCUCUCCUGUUACUAAUACUUGUGUAGUUGAUUCGUUGAUUGGCGCUUGCAGGACUGACCGUUUUUACUCCAGCAGCAACAUGUACAUACCGUCCGGUGCAGAAAUUGGAAUUUACGGAAUGCAAACCUGUGGACUCCUGCCGUCUCUCAGUAAACGAGGGGACGUCAACCACCAAAAUAUGGGCAUGAAUUUCCACCCUUACAUACCUCCAAUUGAUAACUGGACAGAUCCCAGUAGACCUUGCGGAAUAGAGCAACCAUCCAACCAAAUGCCCAAUUGCACAUUUUCACAAAACAUUAAGGAGGAGAGGAAUUUCUGCAUGUAUUCCGAAAAGAGAGCAAAGGUCAACUCGUCCGAUGUCCCUGUAUAUGCUAAUAUAAUCCCCGAAUCGUGUUCAGUUGACUGCCCCGAGAUGCCUGUCCCAGGGUAUUUCAGAUUAAACCAAACCUACUCGACUGGGAAAGACCAGGACUAUGGCCAGGAGAAGACAAGUCCAAACAUCACAUUCGUGCAGCUCAACAGAGUCACUCCAAAACCGCAAUUGUCUUCCUUUUUUGUCGAACUGGAAAAGAAAACGGCCGAGAUAUCGCAUAACCGGGAGACCAGCAAGACACCCAUCCCCGCGGAAAUCCCGAAUCCUACAUCCACCGCGCAACGGGAGGAGAACUGCUCCACUGAAUCUUCAGUAUCCAGCCCAGAGUUGACACAAAGAGAAUCUAAAGACAGCAAAACGGACCUUCCAACGAGCAAUUGGAUGACUGCAACAAGCGGCAGGAAGAAAAGAUGCCCCUACACAAAGCACCAGACGCUUGAAUUGGAAAAGGAGUUUUUAUUCAACAUGUACCUGACCCGAGAGCGCCGUCUAGAGAUCAGUAAAGGCGUCAACCUCACCGACAGGCAAGUCAAGAUCUGGUUCCAAAACCGCAGGAUGAAGCUUAAGAAAAUGAACAGUGAAAACAGAAUUCGGGGACUUACUUCAAAUCUCACCUUUUCGUGAGUUUGCUUACGGAAAGCUUGAUUUAUUGUCUUUUUCCUCUAAGCGGUGAUGUGGGAGCAUCGGACUUUUGGGGGUUUUUCACCGAAACUGCGACUGACUGCUAUUUUAUUUUCAUGUUUAAAUGGUGACGCAUUAUGUAUUUUGAAUACAUUUUUUUACAGGGUACAUUAAUAACGUCUUAAAUUAAAUUAUUAAAAUGUACUAUGUAUCCAUUAUUAAACGGUUUGGUUUGA